CACGGAUACGCCGCCGCAGAGCAAUUCGCGUCCCGGAAGCGGUGGCAGCGGCGGGGGAGGCAGAGGAGGCUAUCGGAUUUGCUACUUCGGAGAGGCCCUUGGAAGAGGCGCGUCCUAGGGGUGGGGCGGGCCUGAGGAAACGCCUCGGGGUCUAGUGGCUUUUCCAGUGGUCCCUGGCCGUCCCCGCCCCUCCCCCAGCAGCCCUGCGACCGGGAUGCAGACAUCAGAGCGUGAGGGGAGUGGGCCAGAGGUGAGCCCCAGCGUGAUGCCUGAGGCUCCCCUGGAGUCUCCAUCUGCCCCUACCAAGUCCCCGGCGUUUGAUCUUUUCAACUUGGUCCUGUCCUACAAGAGGCUGGAGAUCUACCUGGAACCCCUGAAGGAUGCAGGUGACGGUGUCCGGUACUUGCUCAGGUGGCAGACGCCUUUGUGUUCCUUGCUGACCUGUCUGGGCCUCAACGUCUUGUUCCUCACUUUGAAUGAGGGCGCAUGGUACUCCGUGGGUGCCCUAAUGAUUUCAGUGCCUGCCCUUCUGGGCUACCUUCAGGAGGUUUGCCGGGCACGGCUGCCUGAGUCAGAGUUGAUGCGGAGGAAGUAUCACAGCGUGAGGCAGGAGGACCUCCAGAAAGUUCGCCUGUCUCGCCCCGAGGCUGUGGCUGAGGUGAAGAGCUUCCUGAUCCAGCUGGAGGCCUUCCUGAGCCGCCUUUGCCGCACCUGCGAGGCCGCCUACCGUGUGCUGCACUGGGAGAACCCCACCGCAUCCUCACAGUUCUAUGGGGCUCUUCUGGGCACAGUUUGCAUGCUUUAUCUGCUGCCCCUGUGCUGGGUCCUUGCCCUUUUAAACAGCACGCUCUUUCUGGGGAAUGUGGAGUUCUUCCGAGUGGUGUCUGAGUACAGGGCACGUCUGCAGCAGCGGCUGAACCCCAAGCAGAAAGACAGCGUCUUUGAGAGCCCGGCACUGCUGGAGGCUGGGGAAAAGUGUGCUGUGCGGGACUGCACACCUGCACCCACGCCCACAGAGGACCUCACGCCCGGCAGUGUGGAGGAGGCUGAGGAGGCUGAGCCCGAUGAGGAGUUCAAAGAUGCGAUUGAGGAGACUCACUUGGUGGUGCUGGAGGAUGACGAAGGUGCCCCGUGUCCAGCGGAAGACGAGCUGGUCCUACAGGACAACGGGUUUCUGAGCAAGAAUGAGGUACUACGCAGCAAGGUGUCCCGGCUCACGGAGCGGCUUCGCAAACGCUGCCCUUCCAACAACUUCGGGAACUGCACGGGCUGCUCGGCCACCUUCUCAGUGCUGAAGAAGAGGCGGAGCUGCAGUAACUGUGGAAACAGCUUCUGCUCUCGGUGCUGCUCUUUCAAGGUGCCCAAGUCCUCCAUGGGGGCCACAGGAGGCUCCCGGCUGCCCACACCCUCCUGUUCCAGGAGGGCAGUUCUUCACCCGACCGCCCUCAAGCCUGUGUUUGAGCUCCUGCCCGGUGCCGGGCACUGUGCUGCUGGCUGCGGGGGAAUCAGAGGUGCAUCUGACUCAGGACCCCUGCCUCCAGGGACACUGUAGCCUAGUGGGGGCGAAGGUAAUCGUAACUGCCAUUCAGUGAGCUCUAGGUGCCGCGGACACUGCGCAGCCCUUCACAGCCUUAUCGCCGACUAUUUCUAGUGAUAGCUAAUACUUCUUGGGUACUUAAGAGUGUCUGUUCGAAGCACAUUGCAUAAGUUACCCCAUUUAAUUCUCACAGUAAUGCUCUAAUAAGGCGAGUGGAUACUGUUAUUAUCUUCACUUUGCAGAUAAAGGUACCCAGGCAAAGAAAAGUGAAGUGAGGAUAGGGGUCAGGACUUGACCCCUGGUGGUCUGCUUCCACAGUCAGAACCCCGGUAACCUCGGGAAGUCUGGAUUCUGAAUCUGCAGUCUGGCUGGCUUUGAGGGCCUUCAGGUGAUGUCACUGGCCCUUAGUCACACAGCUAAGGGGUGAGGGAGUCAGGAUUUGAAUCCAGGUUUGGGCUCCAAACACCAGGGCUUAACUACAGUGCCGGAAGAUAAAUUCCAGCCCAGGCCACGAAAGGCUGUAGAAGGAGGAAGGAAUUGAGGCUAUCCAGGGAGGCACUGGAGAGGAGUAUUCAGGAACCCCAUGUUCGGGGUCUUUUCCUCCUGUCUGGGGUCUGCCUUCCGUUGGCUUUCCUGUGGGAGCAGCUUUGGAGGAAUACUUGAGGGUAGGGGAGCUUCUUGUUGAGAGCCCAACCUGAGACCUGACCUCCCCAGUCUUUGGUGGGGGGGGUCCUCUGGAAAGGCGUCUUGCAGGAGGGCUUGGGGCACUCUGGGAGUUGGGUCUGCCCCCACUCCACUUCUGCUGUUACACCUCCUACCCCCUAUCCUCCUGAAUGUUUCCUGCCUUCCAUGGAUCUGUCCUUGCAGUGGUAACGGAGGGAGGUGAGGGAGCACUCCUCUUAAUAUUCAGCAGACACACACGAAGCACCUACCGCGUGCAGGUGUGGAGGUGUGAUGUAUACACCACAGGUAGGGAUCCAGAAAUGCAGAAGUCUGCUUCAUCUGCUCUAGCGUGAGAAAAAGACAAAAGGCAGGGCAGAGGACACAGAAGGACAUCCAGCAGACAGAGCCCAGGGUGGGUUCAGGCAAAAGAGCAUGAAGAGGUUCUUUGGAUGACCUGCCAGAAGGUAAAGGACCCCUCCCUGUCGGCACAGGCAGCAGAGUGUAGUGAUGGUACAAGAGCCUGGACUUUGCAGACCAGGUUGAAGUCCGAGUGCAUAUUCCCUGAGUGACCUUGGGUAAGUACUUAGCUAUUCUGACCAUCCAUUUGCUCAACAGGUAUUGUGGGGGGCAAACAAAAUGAUUCAUGGAAGGAAAGCCCCCCUCACAGUGCCAGCACAUGGUAGGCACCUAGGAAUGGAAGAUCUCCAAGGGAUGUAUGCCUUGGGAGUGAAAAUGUGAUGUGUGUUCUGCAGGCUCCCUGGGAUACCUUUGUCCUGGCUGUGGUUUGGGCCCCUGAGCAGUAAUUCUGUUCCCUGUGCUCCAGCUGACUCUUAUCCCUGCUUCAGGCUUGGCAGGGCUUCUGCGGGGGAACAUGUGGUCUUGGGCACUGGUAGGGGGUGUUGGCGCUCCCCAGGUGACAGGCAAGGUGAUGGCUCCCUAGGCAGCUGGUGGGCCUCUGGGGUCUCAGCAGCGCAGUGCCUGGCCCGGUCAGCAGGAGGCGUUGUUCCUGCUGCUGGUGAGGUAAGAACCGCACAGGGGAAGAGCCAGGUCAGUUGUACCUGGCAGCUCUGGGGGCUCCUAAGGGCAGGGGUGCCAGUCUGGAAGCUGUGGGGAAAAGGAGGCCGUCUUUGCCUGACAACUCCCUGACACGGUGAGAUUAAGGACGGAAGGCCUUCAUGGGAAUGCAGCCCAGGUGGGAGCUGUGCCAUGGGGCACUCAUUCGGAAAGAACUCCCGCUGCGGCCGAGCCAGUGGGUGACCUUGGCUCUGCACUCUGAUGUGAUGCCUCUUCCUGAUGAGGCUGUUCCAGGGCCUGGGCAGCUGUGUGGAGCACCUGGCAAGCUGGGCAUCUCUCCAUCAUGGAGCUUCUGCGGUCUGUCCAGGUGCACAUUGCCCCCAGGUGAUGGAAGGGACAGUCUGUUAAAAAAAAAAUGUGUAUUUGUGGUUUGUUGUGAGCAAAGUUUUACAUAGAUACUUCUUAGGUCAACCUUGCUAAUCAUGUAAUCCAGUCCUACAUUUUUCUGCCUUUUUAUUGCCUGCUUUAGCGAUUCUCCAGAUGUGGUCAGGGUUCACCAGAGGGUCCCCAAGUCCUUUUCAGGGAGUCUACAAGGUCAUAAUUGUAUGUGAUUCAAAGAGUCACUCUAAGUACAAGAUAGAUCAAUGGAACUUAAGGUAACAGAGUAAGAAAAGUUUAUGGUUCUACGUUACAAUUCAGGUUCAGGUUCUACAUUACAACCAACAUUUAAGGAAUGGCCACAUGGCGAUUUUUUAGUAGUAUCAAAGAAGAGUAUUUACAGUGUUUGAAAAGGCUGUUAAAAUAUUAU